CCUUUUUACGCUGCCACUGUUGUUUGCUUCUUCAAACCUGACUUCUCUUUUCUCUUCUUCUUCUCGUCUCUCUCUCUCUCUCUCUCCAUUCGAAGACACUUGCCAAGGACGUCUAACUCCGCUUCUCCUUUCGGAGAAAUCUCGAACUUCGUAUUCUUAAGAGAUGUCACCUCAAACUCCUGAUUCAUCCGAUCAAGACAAAGAACCAUUUGUUGAAGUUGAUCCAUCUGGACGGUUUGGCCGGUACAGCGAUCUGCUUGGUGCUGGUGCCGUCAAGAAGGUUUAUAGGGGAUUUGAUCAGCGUGAAGGAAGAGAUGUUGCAUGGAAUCAGGUUCGGUUAGGGAAGUUCAGUGAUGAUCCUUCUGUCAUCAAGAGGCUUCAGUCGGAGAUUGCAUUGCUGAAGUCGUUGAAGAAUGAUUACAUUAUUGUUCUCUACAGUUUUUGGAAGGACAAUGAGCGCAACACAUUGAAUUUCAUCACUGAAGCAUGCACUUCAGGGAAUCUGAGAGAUUACAGGAAGAAGCAUCGCCAUGUGUCAAUGAAGGCCAUGAAGAAGUGGUCAAGACAGAUACUUAAGGGCUUGGAUUAUCUCCAUACCCAUGAUCCUUGCGUCAUUCAUAGAGAUCUUAAUUGCAGUAACAUUUUCAUCAACGGAAACAUCGGAAAGGUCAAGAUUGGUGAUCUGGGCUUGGCAACAAUAGUAGGGAGGAGCCAUCAUGCUCAUUCGUUAAUAGGGACGCCCGAGUAUAUGGCACCAGAACUGUACGAGGAGGAUUACACAGAGUUAGUGGACAUAUACUCAUUUGGAAUGUGCAUGCUCGAAAUGGCUACCAUGGAGAUACCAUAUAGUGAGUGUGACAGUAUAGCCAAGAUAUACAAGAAUGUGACAGUCGAAGUGAAGCCUUAAGCCUUGAACAAAGUCAGUGAUCAAGAAUUGAAGGCCUUCAUUGAGAAGUGCAUUGGCCAGCCAAGGGAUAGACCCUCAGCCUCUGUUCUUCUCAAGGACCCAUUCCUUUCUGAGGUUGACUAUGAUGAUGAUGAUGACCGUAAAAGCUGAUGUCUCUGAAGGCAGCUGCAACUGCUGCUCAGCAACCAUGUUUACUGCAAUCUUUUAUUUUUUCCACAUGUACAUAGGCAUUGGUUAGUUUGAGUAUUUGUUGAAAAGGAAGUUUUUUGGAUUGAUGUUCAUUGAGCAGGCACUCAGUUCAAGUUAAAUGACGACAUCUUGAAUUGUCAUCUGUGACAUUCGUUUCAUGCUGGAAAGGGGCAAAGUGACAAUAUAUGUAUGCCUAUGAGCUUCCAUUCAAUUAGUAGUAGCAUGUUUGUUAAUCACUA